AUGAGCUCCCUCGUGCCCAACGCCGCGCUGGCAACCCCCUUUGACCGCCUCGCUACCCUUCCUCGUCGCCCGGUCAUGCAGCUCGUCACGCCCCUCUUCCUCCUUCCUCGGCCGAGCGCUGCCACCACCUCGCCGCGGCCAUGGCCAACGGCCUUCCCGAGCUGUGUCGUGCUGCCCUACGGCUUCCUCGACGUCGUCCACAACCUCCACGUGCCCGAGACCGACCGGAGCGGCCCAAGUCAACAACAUCGACCGGUUCCCCGUCACGGCCACCGGAGCUCCUACACGUUGAUCCCCGCGAUUCCGAACUCCUCGCAUCACCUCGAGCACGACAACACCCUCGAUUUGUCCCGUUGUCGUCCACCGUGCACCUCGUCGCGCCCCGUGCCGCUACCCCGUCCGCCGGCCUCUUCUUCCCUGCUCGCCGCUCCCCUGCUGCUUAGCGCCUGCGCCCGCCGGAGUUGCCCUCCCGCGUGCGCGCCCUCCUCCCCAGCGCCCGCGCACGUUGCUUGGGGCCGCGCCCCGCCUUUGUCCCCGUGUCGCCACCGCAACGCCCUGCCUCCCACCUCGGCUCCGCCGCGCCAGGCCGCGCCGGCGCUGCCCUUGCUUGCUGCCUGCAGCUACUGCUACCCCGCGGCCGCGCGCCAUCGUCGUCCCGUCGCCCUCUCCCCCGACCGUGCCGCGCCGGCGCCCCUCCACUGGCCUGGUUGCCUCGCUCGCUGCCCUGGUUGCCUCGCCCGCAGCUGGGCGCUCGUGAACCCACCCCGUUGGCCCUGGGUCACAGACAACCGGGGCCCACGUCCCUAA